AUGUUGCUACAGCGCCUUGCAUCAAAGCGGCCGCUGAAGUCGGGGUUUGUGCUGCUACUGGCAGCGCAGGUGCAGCCCCGGGGGCGCUUUGGGAAGCCGCGGCUACGGGAGGGGACCCACGCCGCCACCCUGGCGCCCUGCGCCUCCCUGCUGGCCCUCGUCUUCUGCCUGGGCUCCUACGGCAACCUCAUCGUCCUCCUGUCCUUCUUCGACCCGGCCCUGCGGAAAUUCAGGACCAACUUCGACUUCAUGAUCCUCAACCUCUCCUUCUGCGACCUCUUCAUCUGCGGGGUGGCCGCCCCUAUGUUUGCCUUCGUCCUCUUCUUUGACUCGGCCCGAGGCAUCCCUGCCGCCUUCUGCUUCACCUUCCACCUCACCAGCUCCGGCUUCAUCAUCAUGUCGCUCAAGACGGUGGCGGGCCCCCAGCCGCACCGCGCCGCCUCCUUCCCCUGCACCCUCCUCCUCACCCUGCUCUUGUGGGCCACCAGCUUCACCCUGGCCACCCUGGCCACCCUGAAAACCCGCGGCUCCCGCCUCUGCCUGCCCAUGUCCAGCUUCGCCAGCGGCGAGGGGAAGAUCAUCCUCUACCUCUAUGUCACCGACUUCAUCUGCUGCGUGGCCGUGGUGUCCGUCUCCUACAUCAUGAUCGCCCAGGCCCUGCGGAGGAACGCCCAGGUGAGGAAGUGCCCGCCCGUGGUGGCCAUGGACACCUCGAGACCGCAGCCCUUUGUGGGGCCCCCGGCCACCGGGGCCGGGGAGGGCGUGCAGAGCACCAUGCCUGCCUUGUACAGGAACCAGAACUACAGCAAGCCACAGCACGUCCAGACGCACGGCUACACCAAGCACCUUGGCCAGCUGCCGGCCACCGCUGCCGGCCGGCUCCAGCUGGUGUCGGCGGUCAACCUCUCCACGGCCAAAGACUCCAGGGCGGUGGUGACGUGCGUUGUCAUUGUGCUCUCUGUCUUGGUUUGCUGCCUGCCCCUGGGCAUCUCCUUGGUGCAGGACAUGCUGUCUAGUAGCGGUGGCUUUGUUCUCUACCAGUUCGAGCUGUGUGGAUUUACCCUCAUUUUUUUCAAAUCUGGAUUAAAUCCUUUUAUAUAUUCCCGCAACAGUGCCGGACUUAGGAGGCGCGUCCUCUGGUGCCUGCAGUACGUAGCCCUUGUCUUUUUCUGCUGCAAGCAGAAGACAAGGCUUCGGGCCAUGGGCAAAGGCAGCCUGGAAGUCAACAGGAACAAGUCAUCCCACCACGAGACCAAUUCAGCGUACAUGUUGUCUCCAAAACCUCAGAAAAAAUUUGUGGACCAAGCCUGUGGUCCUAGUCACUCCAAGGAAAGCGUGCUGAGUCCCAAGGCUUCCGUCGGGCACCAGCACUAUGCACAGAGCAGCUCAACCCCCAUGAACACCCGAAUCGAGCCCUAUUACAGUAUCUAUAACAGCAGCCCUUCCCAGGAAGCGAGCACCCCAAACAGCUUACAGCCGGUGAACUCGACUUUCGGCUUUGCCAAAUCUUACAUUGCCAUGCACUAUCACACCACCAACGACUUGGGGCGAGACUAUGACAGUGCGUCGACUAAGCAGAUACCGGUGCCCUCGGUGUAA